AUGGAGAAGGUCCAAUACAUAACCCGCUCUGCUCUGCGGAGAGCCUCAACUAUUGAGGUCAACCCACAAGCACGCCAAAGGCUCCAAGAGCUCUUUGUGAAUUUCUGCCUGAUUUUAAUUUGUCUCUUGCUGAUCUGUAUCAUUGUGAUGCUCCUCUGAAGUUCCAGCACUUCUCUGCACUGUCCUCUAGGAAAGUCACCCCAGAGGGAAGAGAGACCUACACCCGCAACUCCCAAUGCAAGGAUCCUCUUGUGAGAGGGGCUAGCACUUGGACUAGAGCUGUAUGCCAACCAUCGCACUAUUCUCUUACUACCUGCUACAUAUAUUAAAACCACACUUCUGU